ACCUGCUCCCCCUCAGAGGCCGAGGAAACUCCAGGCCCGGACGGUCAUCCAGCAGUGCAGUCAGGCGAGGGUUAAGCUCAAACCAGCCCUGGACGGGGCAGACCUCAGUGGACAGAGAUCGAGGAGGGGAUGGUCGUGUAUGUGAGCUUCUUUCACGAAGCCUCUGAAGACAUCAUUCAGGAGAUGGCCAGCAGUCUCAUGACCACCAAACUUUUCCGGAAAGACACCCGUCACUUGGUUUCCAUUCUCGACCUUCCAGGCAGCGUUUUAUUCAUCCCUCAGGACUCCCUGGUCGGCGAGCCCGUGCCAAAGAGACGGAUGCAGUACAAGGCGGGUUGUGAACUGUGGUGGGGCUCCCAGCUCUUCUCAAACCUGGUGUGUGCCUGCAGGGAGCGCAUGUCGGGCUCAGUGAGGAGCACACAGGCGGGCGUGAGGGUGGAGCAGGGAAUCUACGGACAGAAACAAGAGAUCGUCCUGAACUCUAUGGAGCCCAUGACAGUCCUGCUGGAGUUCUGAGGUUUGCAGACAUUUGUGUAGCGUUUUGAAAUGUUCAAAGUCUUUUAUUUGUUGAAUGAGACUCCUGCAACUCCCUGUUACAUGUAGAUGUGAUCUGCAGAUACACUUUUACUCAAAACAUACAUGUAGCCCACUUUGAGCAAAAACAUCCAGGGAAAAAAUCCAUGAAGUAGUACAGCCGUGUCAAGGUACAGAUUGAAAAUAUGGGAGGAAGUUGGGGUCAAACUUGGUCUUAUGAUAAAUUGCUUUAAAAAGAACUCAUUAAAUGUGUCUGUAAUAAUCACAAACACAUUAACAUUGACAGCCCUUAAUGAAACGCAACAACAGAGGUUCGUUUCUCAUCUACACCUGCUUUUACAAAAGAACUGCUCCAGUAUAACAGCAUGCAUGUUUCCACGUGUCUCUAAUUUCUGUUCAAAAAUACUCAAGUAGUUGAGGAUGUUAUCUUUUGUUCAUAGUGUUCAUACUGUAUAGUUUAGAGGAAAAAAAGUUCAAUAUGAAUAAAAGAAUUCUUGUAAAAA